GGAAAAUUCUCAAAGAGCUCCACCUGAAAUCUUUGGAUCCGCCAAUAUUCCUUUGGUCGUCAACCUUUUCUCCUUCCACACUGUUCUUGACCAGGAGUAUAUUUCAAGUGUGCCGUACUUCAAGGCCACGAUCAAUUACCAGCCUUCCAUUUCUCUGUCACCAAUCUCCCUCAUUCAAAUCUAGAAAGAUGAGCCAGAUCACUCACCCCACUAUCCAGGAUGGCUGGUUCCGCGAGAUCUCCGACAUGUGGCCUGGCCAGGCCAUGACCCUCAAGGUCAACCAGGUCCUUCACCACGAGAAGAGCAAGUACCAGGACGUGCUUGUCUUCGAGUCCAGCGACUACGGCACCGUUCUCGUCCUGGACAAUGUCAUCCAGUGCACUGAGCGCGAUGAGUUCUCCUACCAGGAGAUGAUCACCCACCUGGCCAUGAACUCUCACCCCAACCCCAAGAAGGUUCUUGUCAUUGGCGGUGGUGACGGUGGUGUCCUUCGUGAGGUUGUCAAGCACGAGACCGUCGAGGAGGCCAUUCUCUGCGACAUUGACGAGGCUGUCAUCCGUCUCUCUAAGAAGUACCUCCCUGGCAUGGCCGUUGGCUUCCAGCACCCUAACGUCAAGACCCACAUCGGCGACGGAUUCAAGUUCCUUGAGGACCGCAAGAACGAGUUCGACGUCAUCAUCACCGACUCCAGCGACCCCGAGGGUCCCGCUGAGUCCCUCUUCCAGAAGCCUUACUUUGAGCUUCUCAACGGUGCCCUGAGAGAGGGCGGCGUCAUCACCACGCAAGCCGAAAACCAAUUCCUCCACCUCAGCCUCAUUGCCAACCUCAAGAAGGCCUGCAAGGAAGUCUUCCCCACCGUCGAGUACGCCUAUACCACUAUCCCCACUUACCCCUCUGGCCAGAUUGGUUUCAUGGUCUGCUGCAAGGACGCCAAGCGUGACCUCACCAAGCCCCUCCGCAGCUGGUCCACCGAGGAGGAGGAGAAGCUCUGCCGCUACUACAACAAGGAGAUUCACUCUGCUGCCUUUGUCUUGCCCAGCUUCGCCCGCAAGGCUCUCCGGUAAAGCAGUCAAGGAAUCCUGGUGCGAUCUUCGUCUUUUUACGUUCAAUGUUUUGUCUGCGCCAUGCCGCAGUCUCAAAACUUCUUUAAUCACCAUGCAACGCUACAAAAGCAUGCAUGUUCUUGCUUUGAUGGUCUUAAAAUACAUUUGGACCAUCUAUUUUCCAUAUAUAUCGCAGUCUUCACCUCUCUAGGACGAUGACGCUCACUUUGUCUCAUGUCGUUACGAUAGAUGCCAUUGGAGAUCAAUAAAUCAAUGAAUACUUGUUCUCUUUCAUAUUUGCCAUACCUGAAAGCUAUUUGCACGACUAGAGUCGAAUUGCUUGUACUGUUUUCCAAUUGCUGCAUCCCACAGAAGCAUACCACACCAAUGAUUAUAUUGUUACUUGCUGCAUU